CAGAACAGAGCGCAGCUGCCCUAACAUGCCUCCCUUGACACACCACAGCUACCUCUGCGCUCCAAUGAAGGUUUGUAGUCAAAGCUGAGGAUGGCAGGAGAUUCUCGCGUCCACAUGGACCACGACAUGGAGAUAGGAGUGACUCCAAGAGAGCAGGUGAAGAAACUCCCCAAGCACCUGAGGGAAUCCCAGAUCCCCACAGACCGUACCCACCUCAUCUCUGAUCCGGUUAAGAAACCCCGUCAGCGCUACGUCCAGAAAGACGGCAAGUGCAACGUUCAUCAUGGAAACGUUAAAGAGACCUACCGUUAUCUCAGCGACCUCUUCACGACACUAGUGGACUUACGAUGGCGCCUCAGUUUCUUCAUCUUCACCUUGGUCUACGUGGUCAACUGGCUGUUUUUUGGGUUUUUAUGGUGGCUAAUCGCACUGAUACGAGGAGAUCUCCUACACGCCGACGAGGAGGGCUGGACCCCCUGCGUUGAAAACCUCAACAGCUUUGUAUCGGCUUUUCUCUUUUCCAUCGAAACUGAGACCACCAUUGGGUAUGGCUAUCGGGUGAUCACGGAGAAGUGUCCGGAAGGGAUAAUACUUCUAAUGGUGCAGGCCAUAUUGGGGUCCAUUGUCAACGCAAUGAUGGUAGGGUGUAUGUUUGUGAAAAUUUCACAACCCAAGAACCGAGCAGAGACGUUGAUGUUCUCCCACAAUGCCGUGAUCUCGGUGCGGGACAACAAGAUGUGCCUGAUGUUCAGGGUGGGCGAUUUAAGGAAUUCCCACAUUGUGGAAGCAUCAAUUCGGGCCAAACUCAUCCGUUCACAGCAGACCAAGGAGGGCGAGUUUAUUCCGCUCAAUCAGACAGACAUCAACAUUGGCUUUGACACAGGAGAUGAUCGCUUAUUUUUGGUAUCUCCUCUUAUCAUCUCACACGAGAUCAACGAAAAGAGUCCUUUCUGGGAGAUGUCGCGGGCACAGAUGGAGAAGGAAGAGUUCGAGAUUGUGGUCAUCUUAGAAGGCAUGGUUGAAGCUACAGGCAUGACGUGUCAGGCGCGCAGCUCGUACUUGGACUCGGAGGUGCUGUGGGGCUUCCGCUUCACCCCGGUGCUUUCCCUGGAAAAGGGCUUCUACGAAGUCGACUACAACAACUUUCACGACAUAUACGAAACCAACACCCCGACCUGUAGCGCUAAAGAACUCUCCGCCCGGUUAAAAGAGAGCCCCCUGCUCCCGCACCUGCCGCUGCUCAGCCCAGACCUCAGGGCGCACACAACGGACCCGUUCCAGACCACAGAAGACCAGGCCGAGCACGACGCGGACACCCCGCCGGAGACCAACAACGGCUCGGCAAACCGCCUGGAGGAGAAUCCCUGAGGAAAGCAGACUGUAGAAACUGGCGUGCUUCUUCUUUCCCUUGCAUGGAGAGAUUUCCUUGCAAUAGCCAUGCAAUACGACCACCCCAAAAGCCCUCUAGAGAGCCGAGCUGAUGUGUAGAUGGAGGUUAGACGCUGAUCUAUAUCACCGGAUUACUGCUCAUUGCGUUCGUAACUCGUGUUAGGUUGUCAGUUUAAUACACCACCACUGUGUAAUCAUCUGGUACUGCAACAUAUAUAUUAACACACGACCAAUAAACCGUGCCAGAUUGGGCAGAUUCACCACAGAGCAGCCAAAGCAUUCAGCUUUAGAUGGUGUGUGUGGGUUUUUCUGUUGUUGUUUUAAUACUGACACGUUAAUAAGCCUGUUGUUUUAAUACUGACACGUUAAUAAGCCACAUGAGAAAAUAUUACACUGUAAAGUGUAGUUAAUUACUUUUAGAAAGCGAGUAAACAUGUUGCCUUAAAAGCAACAAGUUGCC